AUGUCUGCACCAAUACAAUCUGCUCUUCUCCUACGAAAACAAUUGAAAGAAUUGACUAAACACCCUGUGGAAGGCUUUUCAGCUGGACUUGUCGAAAAUGAUAAUAUUUAUGAGGUAGAAUGGGAAAUUAUAAUUCUAGGCCCACCGGAUACUCUUUACGAAGGAGGAUUUUUCAAAGCAAGAAUGACAUUCCCAAAGGAGUAUCCAUUGAUGCCUCCAACAUUGAAAUUUAUUACUGAAAUGUGGCAUCCGAAUGUGUAUCCAAAUGGAGAUGUUUGCAUUUCGAUUUUGCAUCCUCCAGGUGAAGAUAAAUAUGGCUAUGAAGAUGCAGGUGAACGUUGGAUGCCUGUGCAUACAGUUGAAACUAUUCUGUUGAGUGUAAUUUCAAUGCUAUCAAGUCCCAACGAUGAAUCUCCUGCCAAUAUUGAAGCAGCCAAAGAGUGGCGGGAAGAUUAUCCUGCUUUCAAAAAACGUGUGCAGCGAUUAGUUCGACGAUCUGCCGAAACGUUUUAG